AUGGAGGGCUGGACGGACGCGGAGCUGCAGCUGCAGCAGCAGAAAGGGAAGAUGAAGAUGGAGGAAGACGGAGGGCGGGAGUGGAAGAGCGAGCGCUCCUUGUCCUCCUUCCUGAAGCACUCGUGCCUGCUGUGCUGGGCGUCCCCGGGGGAGGGGGGCCCGGGGGGCCCUGCAGGGCCGGGGGCCCCCCCUGCGGGGCCGGGGGCCCCCCUGCAGGACUCGGACCCGCGGCUCCUGGCCACCACCGUGCAGAUCAGAGUAAGAAGACCGCAGCAUCUGGCGCUGGAGCUGGAGAACGCCGUUGCCGUGGAGACGCUGGAGCUGCAGGAGCAGCAGUCGGACCGUCAGGACCUCCAGGACCAGCUGGAGAAGCUGGACCAGCACAAGGAGACCCUGAUUCAGCAGAUCAAGACCACCAGGCAGCUCUGCUACGAGGAGAGCCAGCAGAUCUUGUCCCUGCAGGCCCACGAGGCCCAGAAGGAGAGCCAGGUGGAGGAGUAUGAGCGAGAACUUUCCAGAGCAAGAUGGAGGCUGAAGAAGCUCCGGGAGGAGGUGAAGACGGCGAAGAGGAAGGUGGAGGAGGCCAGGGAGAGAGACGUCCCCCUGCAGGACUCCAUCAGGCAGAGCUACGAGGAGAUCCUGCAGGAAGAGAACACGCUCUGCUCGCUGUCAGGGGGCGGAGUCACGCCAGAGAGCCAAUUGGAGGAGUCGGCCUCCCCUGCAGACACCACUGAGGACGACCCGUUACCCAUGAGGCCUUGGGGCAGGAGCCAGUCGCUGCCGGCGUACGCCGACCUCAUCAUGGGAGCCGGUGGUUUGUCCUUCUGCAAUAAUCUGCUGGGAACCAGAGAAGAAGAAGACAGCGAGAGCAGCUCACCGAAGGAACUUGACCGGUCCGACACCGAGGAGGAUCCAGAGGAGGAGGAGGUCCAGCCUGAGACCGUCCCCCCCCAGCCGGUCCAGGACCUGGACCAGAGCGCCCCCCCCCAGCCGGACCAGGACCUGGACCAGAGCGCCCCCCAACAGCUGGACUUCUACCAGGACAACCCCUUUGGCCGUUGCCAUGGCGACAACGACCUCUUCGAUGAAGACCUGUUCCCCAAGACCGACUCCUCAGGUGGAUUUGCCUCCGACCCGUUCAAGGGCAGCGACCCGUUCGGGGCAGACGUGUUGUUUCCAGACGCGGCCGAGGCGGAACUGUCCUGCGCCGAGAACAAAGCCUCCACGGGGACACAGUGCUUCGAGUCGGAGUUCCCCGACGAGGGCAGCGACAUCGAGCUGAGCUACAGCCGCGAGGACCUGGACCUGGCCGACGCCUGCGGGUUCAAACCCAUCCAGAGCUCGUCGGAGGAGCUGCUGCCGGAGCCGGCGGCCGGCUGGAGGUCGCGGGGCCAGCAGCCGUCGGUGGAGUCGGACCCCAACGGCUACGAGCUGGACCUCGGCCUCGGGUACGAGCUAGACCUCGGCCUGGCGUCGCCGCUGUCCGACGUUCAGGAGCAGAGUCUGGCCGGUACGGGAGAAACCGGAGAAACGGGAGAAACUGGAGGAACCGGAGGAGAGCCAGGUCCUGGUUCUGGUUCUGGUUCCGCCCAGGUCGUCCCUGAAACCACCGAAUACGUCCCGCUGGAGCCGGACUGGACCGCCGGUCUGGACCCGACCCCCCCUCCCGAUCCGACCUCUCCUCCCCCAGAACCAGAGGAGGUCCAGACCCUGGACGAGGACCUCCGGAACCCGGCCGCCCCCCAGAACUCCCUGGACUGCCAGAACCCGGCCGCCCCCCAGAACUCCCUGGACUUCCAGAACCCGGCGGUCCAGCAGCACCAGAACUCCCUGGACUCCCAGAACCAGCAGCCGGACUCGGGUCCCGGCAGCUUCGACCUGGACUACGAACCCAGCAGCCAGUCCUCCUUCGACCCGUACGGGUUCAAGCUGAGUCCAGAACAUUCCAGCCACGCCCUCCUGGACCCGGACGAGGAGGCCCGGCUCAGUCCGGAACCAGAACUCUCCUCUUCUCAGCUGGACUUUGAUCCGUUCGGGUUCGACCGCGACUCGGACCCGUACGGCUUUAAGCUCAGUCCUGAGGAGGAGAACCAGGAGAACCAGGAGGUUCUGGAGGUUCUGGACCUCGGUGUCCAGGAGAACCUGGACCCGGCGGGACCAGAACCGUCGGACCACAGCAAUCAGGAGGUACCGAAACCCGACACGGACCAGGAAAACCAGGAGGUCCUGGACGGGUUCCAGGAUCUUCUAGAACUCCACGACGGGAACCAAGAAGUCCUGGAACCUUCCGGCCGUGAAAACCAGGAACUUUUAGAUUUCUGCAGCUACGACAACCAGGAAGUGGUGGACGAGGAACUGCUGGAACCUCGUAGCCACGACAACCGAGAGGUGCUGGAGGCCUUCGGCGAGGGCCACGAAAACCAGGAGGUUCUGGAUUCAGACGGCCAUCGAAACCAGGAGCUUCUGGAUUUCUGCUGCACAGAAAACCAGGAGGGGUUUGGUUUGGAGGGUGAAAACCAAGACCUCCAGGACCUCCAGGACCUCCAGGACCUCCAGGAUCUCCAGGAUCUCCAGGAUCUCCAGGACCUCCAGGAUCUCGGAAGCAAUGGAAACCAAGAGAGGUUUGGUUCAGAGGGGCAAAACCAAGAUGUCCAAGACCUCCAGGAUCUCCAGGAUCUCGGUAGCAAUGGAAAUCAAGGGUGGUUUGGUUUGGAGGGUCAAAACCAAGAUCUCCAAGACCUCCAGGAUCUCCAGGAUCUCCAGGACCCCCAGGAUCUUGGUAUCAAUGGAAACCAAGAGAGGUUUGGUUCAGAGAGCCAAAACCAAGACCUCCAGGAGCUACUGGAUUUUCAGGAUCUCGGUAGCAACGGAAAUCAAGGGUGGUUUGGAAACGAGGGACACAACCAAGACUUCCAGGACCUCCAGGACCUCGGUAGCAAUGAAAACCAGGAGCUGCUGGACUUCUGUAGCCAUGACAACCAGGAGGUUCUGGACCCGAGUAAGGAGGAGUUAGCAGAACCGAACAACAAUCCAGUCACGGUUGAUCCGAAUCUGGAUCUCAGUUCCACCAACACCAGCUCCGACAGCGACGCGGCAUCAGAAGACCUUCAGAGACUGGAGCUCAGCAACCGCGGCGCCGCUAACACAGCUAACACCGCCACCAGCAACAUGGCUGCCCACCAGGACUUCAGUCUGACCCCCCACGGCCUGCUAGAAGCUGAUCUGGGAUCGGUUUUCGGUGCCGGCGGCUACAUUGGUUGUCCCGAUGUGGCCGACGAUCUGGAACCCUUGAGCCAACGCCAGGAACCCCUGGACCGACGGCAGGAACCGCUGGACCGACGGCAGGAACCCCUGGACCGAUGGCAGGAAUCCCUUGACCGACGGCAGGAACCCCUGGACCGACGGCAGGAACCCCCCGUAGCGGAGCCGGUGCGACCCGUCAGGCCGGUCCGGCCGGUCCGGCCCCCCCGGCCAUCCCUCAUGGCCAAGCAGACGACGGCGUCGUCGCAGGGCGUCGACCUGAAGUGACCCCCCCCCCCCCCCCCCCCGGGUUACCAUGACAACCGCAUCUCAAAACAAAGACAGAGAAGAAGAAGACGAGCAUGAUGGGAUAUUGGGUUACCAUGACAACCACAUCUCAAAACAAAGACAGAGAAGGAGAAGAGGAGCAUGCUGGGAUACGGAGUAGGAGAAAAGGUGAUCAGACGGAGAAGAAGGAGACGAUUUUGUUGUCGGGACAAUAAAACAGUCGGCUUAUUGAUUACACCACAUCUGAUCGGGUCUUCUCUGAUCGGAGGGAUUGAUCCGAGAUCUUUUCUCAAACAGGAAACUCAGCCUCCAAAAAUCCCGACUGGAGACAGUCGGACUGAAACAAACGUCCUGGACUUGUAUAUAAGCUGGUUCUGAUCAUCAUCAGUGGUAGUUUAGGAGUGUUGAGCCGCAUUUUGUAAUAAACUUCCAAAUUGUAAUAACUUUUUCAUUUCAUUUUGUAAUAAAGUCACAUUUUGUUAUAAACUACCCCAUUUUGUAAUAAAUUAUGUUAUUGCAUUUUG